AUGAUCCAGUCUGUCGCAGAUUACCUGGGCGACUACGAGGGCGAGGUUCCUUGGGGCACUCUGCACGAGCGCGCAAAAGCGUGCGACUUCACGGGCGUGCCCGAGCCUUUCUCCCUGAAGUGGGAUCCGCCUGGCCAGUACUCCAUGCAAGUGUUCAUUGCUACGAAGCCCGACGGCAAGCACGACAUCUUGAAGGACGUGAACCUCCUGGGGGUGCCGACCAGGACGGACUCGUGCCUUCAGGACAUGCUGGCGAAGCUGGAGGGCUACCAGCUGCGCCGCCACGCCGUGGUCCCCAAGGCUGGCAGGGGUGCUUCCAGGAAACCGGCCGACUGGGAGCUCAAGGAGGCAGGGUGCAAGUUCAUACGUGGGCCGCGCACCAACGAUGCCAACCAAUUCAUGGCGUUCGCGGAUCGGGAGAGCUCCCGGCCAGAAUCUCCCAUCAUUGGCUGGGAGGAGAAUCGCAUCGAGAGGGCCAUCAACAAUAAAGCGAAAGGCACGGCAAACGCCAAGGGCCUCAAGAUCUGGGUCUUGACGACUCGCGGCUUUGGCCCUUGGUUCCUCGACGACGUGAUCAAGCCCAUCCUGGCUUCCACCCUCAGGGCCUUCGGCGUGGCGUGGAUCGGCAAGACUCGCGUCAAGAAGAGCGCUGGGUCGAAGACCCUGGCCUUCAUGAUGAGCCGCGUGGAGAUCGAGGAGCUGGAGCAAUCUAGAGAAGGCGAAGCGGGGGAGCUUGUCCCGACGAUCGUGACCGCCAAGCACUUCGAUCUCUUCAAAGGUGAGCCAAUGACCCGCGUCAGGCCCGCCAUCUUUGACGACGGCGAGUUGGCUGAUCAGUCGGCGUCUAUUCUGAAAACCUUCCUGACCCCGAGCGAGGAAGACGCCACGAUCUGGGCUCGGUGGGGUUGUUCCGAGUUCGACACUGGGUCCCCCCGUCAGGUCAGCAACAACGCGUACGACAAACACUUCGAG